AUGUUGACAACAUCUCCCAUCGUCGCCAGCUCCGCCAAUGCCUCGCCGAGCAACUUUCAUUAUGCCCCUACGCGAUCCUCCCCGCACUCAUCUCCUGCCCGGCUUUCGGCCCCUUUGCCGCGGCGACACUCUGCAUCCAGAUCCUCCCCGUCUGCCUCAAUGGCCUCGCCCUCCCAACAACCACGCCCCAAACAAUAUGUAGCUGUCGAUGCGGGCACACAAUAUUCUCCCAUGGAACCAUCGAACCAACACGCCCAGGCGCAGGGUCAAGAAGGUGCCGUCGAUGUCCCGCGCACCUCUGUCCCUGCGACGCCUGCCGAACCCCCACCACCACCGCGUCCUCAGCCGAUAGACCCUUCCGCACCGCUUCCGCGACCACAACCACCAACACAAUCACAGGCUGUCGUGGCUCCCGUUAUACGCCAGGCCACGACUGUCAUGGCUUCGCCCGGCAAACGACGCAAUUCCCAAGAUCCUGCCGUCGCGCAGGCGAGCGCAUUCACCGCUGGCGAUUCGUCUACGAGCGCCACUAAGCGCCCUAAACCGACAGCCGGGCCGCCCAAGAUUUUGCCUCAACGAUAUGAGCUGUGCAGCGUCGAGGACAUGGUCGUCCUGAUAGCACACAUGUUAUCGGAGCUCAUCGAGACCAACGACGCCCUAGCCCUUCGUUCCGGCAGCCUGACUCGGUUCCACUCGAGAACGGCACCGAGUAUCUCGGUUCUUGAAUACUUAAACAGAUUAGCGAAACAUGCGACGCUGACACCGCCGCUAUUACUAUCCAUGGUCUACUACAUCGACCGUCUGUGUGCAUUAUAUCCAGAGUUCACCAUCAAUACGCUCACUGUACAUCGUUUCUUGAUAACGGCCGCCACCGUCGCCGCCAAGGGCUUAUCAGACUUGUUCUGGAACAACACGACAUAUGCGCGGGUAGGAGGUGUUAGGGUCGCUGAGCUCAAGCUCCUCGAACUUGAAUUCCUCUAUAGGGUAGAUUGGAAGAUUGUCCCGAACCCGGAAGUUCUUGUUGCGUAUUAUCGUGGCCUGGUCGAGCGCUGCCCCGGCUACGCCCUGCAGGACGAAGAGGCAACCGUAGAGGACGAAGAUUCCGACGACGUCGACGAGGAGGACGGGUCAACUGAAAUUUCAGACGUUGCCGGUGACGAUAGUGGGGACUCGCCCGAUGAUGCGAGCCCGACCAAGUCGCCGCCUUCUGAAGCCGCAGUAGAAGCGGCGCGAACUCAGUCCUCGUAA